GGAGCCGCUCCGCGAUCGCCGCCGCCUCUGUCCAGGCCUCGGCCUUCCGAGCAUCCCCGCUUCCUCUCCCGGUCGUCUUCUCCUUCAGUUUCGCAGCGGGUGGCGUCGCGGCCUCCCUUCCGGGCCCCGAGAAUGGUGGGAGUGAAGCCGGUCGGGAGCGACCCGGAUUUCCAGCCGGAGCUGAGCGGCGCCGGCUCCAGACUCGCCGUGGUCAAGUUCACCAUGCGAGGGUGUGGACCAUGUUUAAGGAUUGCCCCAGCAUUCAGUACUAUGAGUAAUAAGUAUCCACAGGCAGUUUUCUUGGAAGUAGAUGUACACCAGUGUCAGGGAACAGCUGCCACCAACAACAUAUCAGCAACACCUACGUUUUUGUUUUUUCGAAACAAAGUGAGGAUCGAUCAAUAUCAAGGAGCAGAUGCUGUGGGACUAGAAGAAAAAAUCAAGCAGCACUUAGAAAAUGACCCUGGAAGUAAUGAGGACACAGAUAUUCCAAAAGGCUAUAUGGAUUUAAUGCCGUUUAUUAACAAAGCUGGCUGUGAAUGUCUUAAUGAAAGUGAUGAGCAUGGAUUUGACAACUGUUUACGAAAAGACAUGACCUUCUUGGAGUCUGAUUGUGAUGAACAGCUGCUUAUUACUGUGGCAUUUAAUCAACCUGUGAAGCUUUAUUCAAUGAAAUUUCAAGGGCCAGAUAAUGGUCAAGGUCCUAAAUACGUAAAAAUUUUUAUCAAUCUGCCCCGAUCUAUGGAUUUUGAAGAAGCAGAAAGAAGUGAACCAACUCAAGCUCUGGAACUAACAGAGGAUGAUAUUAAAGAAGAUGGCAUUGUUCCACUUCGCUAUGUUAAGUUUCAGAAUGUUAACAGUGUAACUAUAUUUGUUCAGUCCAAUCAAGGUGAAGAAGAAACAACAAGAAUUUCAUAUUUUACUUUCAUUGGUACUCCAGUCCAGGCAACAAAUAUGAAUGACUUCAAACGAGUAGUUGGCAAAAAAGGAGAAAGUCACUAAGAUACAAAAGACACGGGAAGACCACAUUGCAAUCAGACCUACAGCUCCUGGAUGACUGCUUGAUUCUCGCCAGACUGUCACUAUUCCAUUCAUUGCCAUUACCAAUAAAUCAUUGCUUUUGUUCCGAUGAUAUCACUAGUGUUUCUAUUGUAAUCUUGAUACAUGCAAUUGUAAAUAAAAGUCACUACUUUUGCCAAGCUUAAUUUUUGUCAUUCUAAAUAACUAUUUUCACUUUCCACUUAUUUGAAAAUUGGCUGACUUUGGAUUUUAGAAGAGACUUAAGUGUCAGGUAGCAUAUUGAACGAAAGCCAGUUUCUCCUUUUAAAGGAGCACAACUGUUUUGGGGAAUUAAGAAAUACAUUUGCCCUCAUAUACAGACAUACACAGCAGGUGAUUUUGAUAAAUGCACUUGAAACAGCUAACCAUGUUCAAAUGAGUAAAAACUCAUGUUUAUUAAACUACAUUUGGGUACCUGGGCUAUAGAAAUUACUCAAAUUAUAAAAUACCAGAAAUAAAACAAAUUUAAUGAAUUUAACUGUUCUCACCUAAAAUUUUUAGUCAAUGAAACCUCAUAUUUUAACCCUUCCUGGGUAAACUUUAAAAAUUUGACUUAGCCAUUUCCUUUACUAACAGAGGUAUGUUAUAAUUUGACAGUAGGGAAAAUACAGAACUCAGAAUUCAUGAAACAACGUGAAUUAUUAUCUUCUAGUCAAGUAUUAUUUUAACUACCAAAAGAUACAAUGUAAAUAUUCAGAAGAUUUGGUUUAAGGUUGAAAAUGAGUUGGCCAAAGGUAUAUGUUUAAAAGGUCUUUCACAAAAGGCUGGCAAAACAAAACAUCUGUUCCUUAUUAUUUAACCCUUAAAACUAUAAAGUAUUGGUAAAUAUAAUUUUUCAAUUUAUUUUUAAAAUUAAAAUGUAAUAUUUUAAUUUCUCUAAAUACGUAAAAAAUUGAGUGUUUGAAAAGAGUACCUAAGACUAAUAGUUUUUAAAAAAAUUUUUAUGUUUUUAGUGAUUUCAGAGAGGAAGGGAGAGGGAGAAAGAUAAAAACAUCGAUGAUGAGAGAUAUUGAUCAGUUGUCCCCCGCACCCCAUACUGGGGAUUGAGCCUGCAAGGCACGUGCCUUGACUGAGAA